AACCAAGGUGAGCUAGGGUUUUGCUGCCUCGACCCGUCAGUCAGCAACCGCAGACCUCUCAAGCGAACGAAAAUGACAAAACGUACAAAGAAGGCGGGUAUUGUUGGGAAAUAUGGUACCCGAUAUGGUGCUAGUCUGCGUAAGCAGAUCAAGAAGAUGGAGGUUAGUCAGCACAGCAAAUACUUCUGUGAAUUCUGUGGAAAGUACGCAGUAAAGAGGAAGGCUGUAGGAAUUUGGGGCUGCAAAGAUUGUGGGAAAGUUAAGGCGGGCGGUGCUUAUACAUUGAACACUGCCAGUGCCGUGACAGUCAGGAGCACCAUCCGGCGGCUGAGAGAGCAAACUGAGAGUUGAGA